GUGUGAUCGAGACAGGAACAUUAUAUUCUUGAAAAUCUAUCCUUAUAUCAAACCAUCUUUGCUGAAAUGUUAUUUUGAAGGGACAGGAAGUUAGCUGUGUAUUCGGCCAAUGUCGGGCAUUCCACAUUUAACCCCAUCCAACUUGGGACACUGUUUAGUCUCCACACAAAGAAAAAUGCAAGUUUUUUGGGGGUAUGGGAUACUAAGAAAAAACAUUUUCAGUUUUAGUUCGGGAAACUACUGACCAAUUGUACACGGACCUGAGGCCUGAACUAAGAUAAGACAAAAUGUCAUACUGAACGCGCCUCAAUUUCCAUGCUAUCAAAGCGUCGUUGCCCACACCUUUUACAUACUUGGGCUAAGGCACCAACUGUCGUUCGUAACACUAACGCAUGUCCGUUUUUAUGUUAAAGGCAUAGUUUGGCGAUAAUGACAGAGGACACACAACGUGUGAAAAAUGGACAGAGCCGAACAAACGAACUUUGGUUUGACCUAACAUCUUGGUGGCGACCUGACAUUACCUGUUUUUCAAAUGCCCAGAAAAUGUGCAUCGCGAGCGGUCUCAGUGGUUUGUCAGCGCUACUCUUGACAAUAGCAUGUUUUAUGCUGGUAUGUCGAAGAUGCAGAUCGCGGGAUAGGAAUUCAGGUGAGGCCGCAUGUGUUCUCUACUCUUUCCUUGGAAAUGUAUGCAGCACCGUCGGAGCGUUUCUCUCAAAUCAGCUGGCUCUUCAGGUCUUAAUGGGCGGUGUUACGGCAACAGUGGAAGUUAUUCAUUUAAUCUCCCUCCUCAUCCCUACUUGUUUGUGUGGGAAAACCAGAGCAGAGAGGCGGCUGAGGAUGAAACGGAGGAGGAGAAGGCAGAACCUCAUGGCUGUGCCUCUGCUGCUCUUGGUGGUGGUUGGUGGAGGGAGCUACCUGACCUCCAGAAACAGCCUGCAGCCUAUAGACAGGCCACUAACUGGGAGGAGACUUUUCACUGACCUCCUGCUUGACAGCACUGAGGUCCUGGGUUACAUUCUUGGUUUACUCUCUUUAGUGAUUGCCUGGACCUCCAGGUUUCCUGCCCUCCUCAGAGCACACAGAGGGGAGAUGAGUUCAGCAUCACAUUUGUCCACUGGGGUGCUGUGCUUUUUGGCCUGGGCCCUGUACACCUCUGCCAUAUUACUCUAUAACACCCAGUAUGAGUUCGUACUCAGAGCCACGCCGUGGCUGCUGGCAUCGACUGGCUGUGCAGCCUUGGACCUUGCUAUUGUUGUCCUAUUCUGGUGCAGGAAGGUUACUGUUGACCAGGAGCUGGGUGGUGGUUCUCCUGAUACAGAGAGUCUGUUACGUAGCUCCUCUACUGCUGCCCAGCACAACCCCAGAGGGGAGAAAAAGAAACACCCAGGUUUGGAUAGCACUCCUCUUCAUGUUCCUGCUAACAAAAAACAUCUCAACAUGUUGGUUGAAAUGGGACAUUACAUGGAUGUCACCAUGCAGCCUGUGCGAAAGGUGUGUCUAAAGGAGGUGACGCUGUCCAGGGAAACGGGUGCACCGACAGGUCAUCCCCUCAGGAGAACUGUGAGGGUGGUCAGGGUGGAUGAGCCUUUCACCUCAGAAACCAUCUCAGAUUCCUCAUCCCUUAACUCAGAUCUGGAGGUCAGAUUCCGGAAGUGGGAUUUUGAAGAAGCAAAUGCACCGUGGGACAAACUGCCAAAAGAGCAAGAGAAAGGGGAUGAGUUUCCCCUGCAAGAGUGGCCAAAACCCACCAGUGUCUGCAGCUGUGAAACUGAACAGGCUGGGAAGAGUAUCAAGCCGAGUGGGUGAUGUGAAGUGGCAUAGGUUCAGAGAGAGAAUGACACAAAGCUUUAUUACGAAAUCACAUCACAUCAUAUCUGUUUGGUAUGUGAAUAUGAAAGUUAAUAAAUGUGCACAAAUAUGUAAUCAAAU